AACCUGGUCUUGAUCUAUCCCAACACCAAUUGAAUUGGCGUCCACUUACCAGCAGCCUGUUUUUCUCUGAUCUUUUGGGCGUUUUCCUCCAUUCUUUUCUUUGGAUCGCCACUCUGUUUCUUCUUAACCAGCUGUUGUUUCUUGAGGUUCUUCUCACGAGCCUUGUCCCUUUGGUUGCCUCUGCUCAUCUUGUCUUGAAAGCCAGAUAUAAAAUCCACAAAGUAUUUAGCCGGCACAGAAAGCGGUAUUUAUAGCUUUCUCGGAUGUCACGUGAGUAUUACGAACACGCCUUUGGGUCUACAACAGAAGCAGCAGAAGCAGCAGAAGCAGCAGAAAUAGAUCCAGAGAAUGUCUGAGGCCAGCGAGAAGAGAUUGAGUGUGUCUGCAGAUGAUGAGGCUACAAAGGCUGAACGAUUGGAGGCUGCAAAGAAAAAGUUUGAAGAGUUGAAGAAGAAAAACAAGAAAAAGAAAACCAAGAAGGUCAAGAAGGAGAAGCUGAAGGAGCCUAGAGAAAACGAAGAUAAUGACAACAGCGAAGUAAUACAAGAGUCCUCUGCAAUUGAGCCUGAAACUAAGGACUCUCCAGCAAAGGACUCUCCAACAAAGGAGACAGCAGAUGAAGGCAGCGAAGCUGAGAAACCCGUCAAGGAACAGCAGGCCAGCAAACCCUCUUUAGAAGAAGAAAAUAUUACCGAUUUACUAUUCGAUAAAGAAGAGAAAAAUCAAGAGAUAUUAAAUGUUAAAAAGGAAAAUUCAAUACUAAAAUUUGAAAAGCUUGAUUUACAAGAUCAAUUGGAAACUUUAUCCAAAAAAUUAAAAGAAACAGAAAGAAAACUAGCUUUUGCUAAAAUUGAUGCUGCUCAUGACACAGAUUCUGACGAUGAUGAUGACGAUGAAGAUGAUGAUGAAAUUUAUAACAAUUUCAAUAAAAACAACCCCAGAUCUGCAAAUUCUAUCAAAAAUAAAAACUAUGAUCCUUAUGAAAAUAAACUUUUAAAUGCCCCUGAGUCACAGAUUCCAACUCAUAGAAAGAGACAAUCAAUUUUUCAAAUUGAAGAUUUUUUCGGUUUAUCUCAAAAUCAAACCCAAAAUCAAAAUCAAAAUUUUGCUUCAAAUUCAAAUGAAGAUCAGUUUUAUUCUUAUGAAGAAUUGAAAACUGAAUUAUUAAAAUGGAAAAAUUUCUCAUUGGAUAUGAGAGAAUGGAGAUCAAUUGGUACUGGUCCAAUUAUUGAUUGUUGAUUGGUUUUUAAUACUAUUGAACUACUAACUUUUAAAACAUUUAUCUUUAUAAUCUUUAUUAUUAUUAUUAUUAUUAUUACUUACCUCUUACAGUCCCGGAUAUAA